AUGCCACAACCUCCUCGAGAUGAGCCGCCUACGGAACCGAUCAAGGCACUCCCGACGGCGGCCUCUGUGAUUCAGGUAUCGAAGAGAGGACAGUCUGUUCCGUCGGGUGACCCUCUUUCCAUGUCGCAAAGCGAGCUCUCGCUGCCCUUUCGCAGAAGCAACCCAUCAGCCGCCUCGCUGUAUGCCUCGACGCUUUCGCCGCCCGGCUCCCGUUCCAUGUCCCCGUCUGGCCGCGGCUCGCCUUCGAGAUAUCUCGCCAACACUGUAUUUGACGUCAGCCAGGGGCGCGGUCUCCCUGAGGAUGCUGGUGAUAGCCCGGGGGAACCCCUCAGUCUGGUCCUAAGGGCCUUUGUCCCGCAUGUGGCUAUAUACCCCUCGGCAGAUACUGAAGUUCUGAUGCGCGAAAAAGGUUUCAAGAAUGGCCUAUGGGAACUGCUGCGACCGUUUGGUGAGAGAAUACAAGGAAAGGUCAAUGUGCGCGAUAGCAAUGGCGUUAGCCGCGUCGCAGAGGACUUCUCUAUCCGCUUUACAAAGUUUGGUGACAACAUAGAACACCCUGAUCCAGCCAUUUCGGGCCAACGACCAUCCUCGACAGAUGAAAAAAAUGGGUUACCAUCCACGUCGGCCAGGGACAGAACCAUAUUGUCUGAUGUUGAGGCGGUAGUUGACAAGCACCUGGCAUACGCCGAGCAGUCUUUUCAGGCGUCACCGAACCACGAGAUCUUGAGAAAACAAGGCCUUGAUGUGGACACUGCUUCUCCUUACUAUGCUUUAUACCUUCGCCGACUCUUGUCAGGUCUACCAAUAACUCCACACGAAACCUUUGCACAUCCAGUCGCUUGUGUGGUUGCCAUUAGUUCACGCAACGAAACUCCCAUUGAAGAACUGCGACGAUUGUACGCCGAGACAAACCAGGGCGACCAUAGAUUGCCCCCUUGGGUUGAUGGGGAAUACUUACGAUAUUAUGUACUUGUGCACGAUGAAGAAAACGGCGAUAUUACGAGGUCCAUGGCACUGUUUGAGCAGAUGAAACGACAUCUUGGUCUACACUGCCACCUCUUGCGACUGCGAUCUAGCCAAAGCGCUGAAACAGAUGAUGACAGCAUCCCAUUACCUCGUAGUGAUUGGAUGACUGCAGCGGAAGAACUUUACGAUAUUAAACGAAGCGAAGACGACGAGGAUUUUGAUGAUCCAUCGCACUACAUUUUCGAAUCUGACGCCACCGCUAUCCGCACCUUUGUCAAAGAAAUGGUCACACAAUCUAUCGUUCCUACCAUGGAAAGACACGUAUCUGUUUGGAAUGAUCAAGUGGCAUCUCGUCGAAGAGGUAUUACCGGCAAGUUUAUGAACCUGUCGCGCAAAUGGACCGGGUUUGGUGGAGGAGGACGAACGUCUGUUGGUGGCGGUGCUAGCAACAAGGACGUAUAUGACCCUGCUGGAUUCUAUCAUGCAACCUCGGCGGAAGCAAUCAUGCGAAAACUGGCCGACUUUGCCUUUAUGCUGCGAGAUUGGAAACUGGCAUAUUCAACAUACGAUUUACUACGGCCGGAUUUCAGCGAAGCGAAGGCGUGGAAGUACUAUGCUUCAGCUAAUGAGAUGGCUGCCGUCAGCAUGCUCAUGAUGCCUCAACAGCUGAGCUCGAAAACGCGCUCAGAAACCAUCGACCAGAUGCUCGAGUCGGCAUUCUACUCCUACCAGACGCGAUGCAGUAGCCCAUACGGUGCCUUGCGAAGUCUAACACUGGGUCUUGAGCUUCUGCGUUUGAGAGGAGGAUCGAAUGUCGACGACGCUGGCAGGUGGGGACUGCGACUGCUAGAGUCGAGAAUUCCGGGCAGAAUAGGCGACGCUCUCACCAAAGAACGUCUAGCCAUAUGUUAUGCAUCAAAGCCUGGCAUCGGCAGCUGGAACUGGGGUAGUCGCCGGCGCAAGUCUGCCGCCUGGAGUGUCCUGGCAGCUGAGGCGUGGGCAGACCAGUCCAAGUUCAUUCCUGCACAGCGCUGCCUUACUGAAGCGCAAAAGAUGUACCGGUCCAAGGAGGCGCAAGAUGGUGUUACACAAUUUGCCAUUGCUAUGGCUUACGUGGAUGGCCUUCAACGCGAACUCGCGGAUAGGCUUGGCCAUCUAGACGAGGCAGCGGAUGAAUCUGCGCUUGACGAGUCUCAGAGCGAGAUAGAAGAGGAGAGCGAGGCGCUCACAGAUAUGCGCACACGAAGGCCAAGUAUAGUCGCUCGUGGAGGUCUAGAAACAGCACCGCUUCACACUGAGCAGUUGGACAGCUCGGCUCCUGAUGCCACUCACCAAGAGGGCUUUAAUUAA